UGUGAUGCUACUGGUGUGAAAAUACCGGGAGAGAUUUUAAAGCCAGGUGAAACUUUCAGGUUUGGUGUCGAAGAAGAAGAUACAAGUUUGUUGCUUAUCAGGAUGUCGCCGAUGAUGACCAGAACCGAGGGGGGGACCGUGUUUACCAUCACCUCCAGCACCAAAAGCAAGAGGCCGCUGAUUUGCCGGCUUCUGGGCACCUUGUGCUCCAGUCCGGUCUGCUUUGUGUCUCAGAGUUUGAAGCAGCAGCUGGACAGCAGUAACACAGUUCUGGGGACUCUACAGAUUCUGUUUGGAUUAAUGACUUUGGCUGUUGAGUGUAUCUAUACACGCCUUCAGUUAUUUGAUCUGCUGUUCAGCGCCACCUUUUGGUUCGGGGCAGUGUUAAUUGCAGCUGGCAUCUUUUGCAACCUUGUGCACAAGUUCGCCAGCCCAUGCAUGGUUAGCUUUUUGGUCCUGGUGAAUCUUGUCAGUGUUGCGCUGGCUUUAACUACCGUUGGGUUGUUACCAGUGUACUUAGUAACCAUGAAUUACAAUUGUGAUCUACAUAAAUACGAAAUGCUGCAGGGCUGUCAGUACUACAUGCUCUUCAUGAAGGUGCUGUUUGGAGGACUGAUCGUUUUGAUGAUCCUGUUGUCUAUUCCCAUAAUUUUUGUCACCAUCAGCUCGAUUGUUCUGAGUCUGAUGGCUCUGUGGAGGAAGAAGAAAGGAUACAAAAUGAUUUUAGAGGAAUAUCCUGAACUUUACAAGCUCCCUGUGGAGGAAGUUCUUUCCAGCCCUGCCUGGUAGAGAAACACUCUCAAUCCUCAUCAUUCAUGUAAUUCCAGAUGUUCUACCUGGCACUUUUCUUUCUUGUGAAUUGAAAUGUUACCGUAUUGUUAUUAGAGACUGCUGUACGUUUCAUUGAGAGACAUCUCAUUAUUACUUUUGUUAACUGUUACAGUAGAAUCACUCCUUUUCAAUCCUUUAAAUGCGCUACAUAUCUGUCUGGAACAAC